AUAAUACAUCAUUCCAAUUGAUCUAGUCUCCUUGACGUGAAAAUAUUAAUAAAAAAUUUAACCAAAAUUAGGUAUUUGUAGUUUUAUCUAAAUGUUACUAACUCAACUUCUUCUAAAAUGAGGAGUGGUUCAUUAGUAUUGUUUAUUUGUGCUGGUUUGCUACUGAGCGGAGGCUCCGUGCUGUGUUUCUCGACGCUAUGGAGCAUCCUGCGCAUGUCGUACUACUUCUGGAGCACGGAGCUGGGUGUGGAGCUGAGCGGCAGCGCACUGUUCGUGACGGGCGCGCUGCUGUGUCUGCCUGCCAGCUGGCUGGCGACGCUAGUGCCGCAGCAUAGCAAGUCUCUCACGCUUAUGUGUACAUUGAUGGUGCUAUCGAGCGUGAGCCUGAUGCUGCUGUCGUCGGGGCUGACAGCAAUGACGGGGCUUUCGCGAACGCUGCGCGAGCCGGAUGUUCUCAACGCGAGCAUGCUGCGCUCCAUGGCCUACGAUUCUUUAGACCCAUCUGUUCGCAGCUCCUUCGCGGCGAUGCAACUUGAGCUCAAGUGCUGUGGCGUGAUGUCAUACACGGACUGGUACGAGUACCGUCGCUCCUUGCCACCCUCGUGUUGCGGUAAAAUGACAUAUGGCAAGCAUCCUGACAGCUGCACCACCCCCGUCUACCCCAUGGGCUGCCUCCGCCCCGCCCUCGCCGAGCUCCGUCGCCACGUGAGGUCAACAACCACGUUUGCUGCCGCACUCAUCGUUGUCAUGGGAACGACGCUGUUCACGACUGCCUACCUGCUGGUGACCAACGUUGUGGAACGUCGCGAAGCUACCAUUAAGCCGCAGACUGUACGCAUCGCCUGCAUCUCCCCGCACGGCACACCCCCGCUCGUGUCCGUCACGUCCCCCACUCUACUCCCCAACCCCGUCCCAAACAAUCAUUUGUAAUAUGUACACACCAUUGACGCGGUAAGUAUUAUAUAUUAAACGUCCGUUAUGAAGUCCUUUUUUACAGUUAGAAACCAUACCAGACUAUUUUAUUUUGCAGUGUUUAUUAAUUUAUUAUAACUUUGUUAAAUUUUGUUAAAUUGUAGCGUUUAUAAACUACGAGGGCCGUCCACUGCCAUAGCGCAGAGGAGAGAUUGAUAACCGAUAAAAUUCCAUUAUUCAAUUUGGAAUCGAAUUUUGUUAUUGAGAAUUUUAGAUUGGUGGUUACAACCUAUCCGUUAUUCUUACCACUUUGGUGGUGAUCGGCUCCAUGUUAUAUUAAUUUUAUAAUUUACUUGUAAUAAUUCUUGUUUCUUCCGAAUAUUAAAAGUAAUAAUAGUC